AUGGAACACUCAUCAGUCUUUGUGCGAAGAAGCUCCGAUUUCAUUGUCGUCAUUCUCUUUCUCAAUCUCAUCUCCGUCGUCUCCUCCGACGAACUUGUCUUCCUUGUGGGAGAAACUGUGUCACAGCAAGUGACUCCGAGAACAGAGGUGGUGAUGGAUUCUUCUAACAGAACAUCGAUAUGUGAGAGGUUACAUGUCAAUGGAUUACAAAGGCUUGAGCACAUUGAUAAAUACGCACAUUCACUUAAGUUGAUCCUUUCGAGCAACAUAUCCAACAAUCCAAGAACAAGCAUAGACGUUUGCUUCCACAGAAACUCGUCGCGUGGGAUUGGAAUGUGCCCUCAUAAUCAGUGGAAGAGACUAUCCAAAGGCUCAUGGGUUGGGGUAAUGUCACCAUUCGACUACAAGAUUCUCGAUAUAAGAACAUUUGGUGGCUCAGGCUCAUCUAAAGCAAUCACCUUGGAAUUUUCUGCCAAACAAGAGUUCUUCAUGUACCGUAUAGUGUUUUUAGUGAUGGGGGUUGUGUUGCUGAGUUUUUCUUCUACGUUGAGUAUCUCAUUGGCGUUUUACUACUUUUGUGCCAUGUCUAUGGGGAUUAUCAUUCUUGUUACUCUUUUCAUUUCUCAGGGGGUUAAGAGACUCCCAAGUAGAGGGAAGAGUCGGCUUGAGUUGUUUCUUUACUCAUCCAUGAUUGGUGUGGGAGGUUACUUUCUUCAAUACAUACACGGUUUAAUUCAACAUCUGCUAAUGCAGAUAGGAAUCAGUGAAGAUUUGUACAACACUCUGGUGACUCUUCUGGGUGCGUUUGUGUGUUUGUUUGGAGCAUGGUCAGGAUUCUGGACUGUCAAGAGACUUCUUGUGACUAAAUAUGGUUCUAUUGACAUUACCACAUCAAUCUUUGUCUCUUGGACCAUCCGAGCUUUUGCCGUUCUUCUGAUCCUUCAGAGCUCUGUAGAUCCUUUGCUUGCUGGAGGAGCGUUGAUAUCUGGAAUUCUAAUCUCACAGCUUCUAAAGAGUAUCAGCAGAAAGAUGUUAUCGCAAAGAAUCUAUGAGCAAGAUGAUGAAACUGAGAGUUGUAGCCAUGCUACUACCACCUUUGCUUCUCCUUUUCCUAAAGGAAUCAACAAGAAGUUGCCGAGGACAAUAAUACCACUAUCUGAUUCAGAUACAUUUCCUUCUUCAUUCCACAAAACACCACAAGGGAGAAGAAAGUUAACCAAGGAAGAGUUGGAGAAGUUCAGUAGAGAGAGCACGGAAAAGGCGGUGAUGGAACUGGUUUCUUCACCCGGUUUUGGCGAAUGGGCGGCGAAAAACGCUAAAAGAAUCAGCGUUAAUCCAAGAGAGGAAUCGUCCGGUGAAUUGACUGAUACGGUUAAGCGGCGGAGAUGGCUUCUGAAAAGCUGA